AUGGCUAGGCACCCCUUUGGUCUAACCUUGACAAGAGAGUUUGAAAGGGAGCCGUCUCCAGGAGAAAUAACAUCUGCUUCUGCUCCGGACAAGCUCACUGAGUUGGCAGACUCAACUUCUCCUGUCCCUCCAGGAUGGGACAAAAGAGCACCUUGUGAUGCUGAUCUAGCAUCCAUCAAGGAAGAAAAGCAUUUCCAAGCUUGCAGCAACAACCACAGGACCAAUAGGGUCCAUCCCAUUUCUUUGGAGGAGAGCUCUGGCGAAGCUGAUGACUUUGCAUCCCACGCUUUUCCAAAGAAACUCUGGAAAAUUGUCCAAAGCCACCAGUUUCAGUCCAUUCGGUGGGUUGAUGAUGGCAUCUGUGUUGUGAUCAAUGAAGAAGCCUUCCAAAAGGAAGUGCUGGCACGGAGAGGACCUUGCAGAGUUUUUGAAACUGACAGCAUGAAAAGCUUCCUUCGUCAGCUCCACCUCUGCAGAUUCACUAAAGUGCAACACAACUCCAAAACAUCUGACUCACUUGAUGAAUUCCUGGCAGAAGCAGCAGCACCUUCUGCUCACAGCAAGGUACAUCACUCCAUGAACCAACUCUCAGAAUGA